AAUCCUCGUUCUGGAAUGAGCUGUGAAGAUCAUUAUAUUGCUGGGGAGUCUGCAUGCAAAAUGCCCAGCCUUCGAAGUCCAGCACUUGGUGGGCUGUUACCAGACAGUGUCAGACAGCCCUGCGGGCUAGGGGCUGGGAUAAGGCGGAGACGUGGCCCCGCACUCGCCAAGCUGAAGGGAGGAAAAACUGAAAAAGCAAAGCGAGAGUCUGCACAGAGUGCACAAGUCGGGGAGAGAUACAGGAACGCAGAGGUGCCCUCCUCUGCCCCCCGCUGCCAAAAGUCCUUAUAUAUUACAUGGCAGGAGGGGCGGGUAGACUUAGGGAUAGUGAAGACACCAACAAAGCUCAUCUGGAGUCUUCCUUGUAUCUCAGAAGCCAUCCUCAGUAAGAAUGGCAGAUAGGGUUGACUGGUUACAAAGCCAAAAUGGCGUAUGCAAAGUUGAUGUCUAUUCACCUGGAGACAACCAACACCAGGACUGGAAAAUGGAUGCAUCAACAGAUCCUGUCCGAGUGCUCAGCUGGCUCCGCAGAGACCUGGAAAAAAGUACGGCAGGGUUCCAGGACUCGAGGUUCAAGCCUGGAGAGUCAUCAAUUAUGGAGGAAGCGCCCGUCCCGGGAGACCAACGCAAAGGUUUCUGUGUCGACUAUUACAAUACCACCCACAAGGGCAGUCCAGGGAGAUUGCAUUUUGAGAUGACUCACAAGGAGAUCCCUUCCCAAGGCCCCUGUGUCCGAGCUGGUAAUGGGAAUUCCAUCGAUGAAGUUUCCUUCUAUGCCAACCGCCUCACAAACCUAGUGAUAGCCAUGGCCCGGAAGGAGAUCAAUGAGAAGAUCCAUGGCUCUGAAAACAAAUGUAUCCAUCAGUCGUUGUUUAUGGGGGAUGAGCCCACGCCCCACAAAAGCUUGAGUACAGUAGCCUCUGAGCUGGUGAAUGAGACCGUCUCUGCGUGUUCCAAGAACAUCACUGGUGACAAAGCUCCAGGCUCUGGAGACAGAGCCUUGGGGUCAGGACAGAGCCCUAGUCUAAGAUACAAAAGCACUUUGAAGAUCAAGGAGAGCACCAAGGAUGGCAAGUGUCCAGAUGACAAGCCUGGGUCUAAGAAGUCUUUCUUCUAUAAGGAAGUAUUUGAAUCUCGGAAUGCAGGGGACGCCAAGGACGGUGGAAGGUCCUUUCCUGGAGAAAGAAAGAUAUUCAGGGGCCAGGACAGAACUGAUGACUUUACAAGCUCUGUCAGUCAAGGGAUUAUGACCUAUGCCAACAGUGUGGUAUCUGACAUGAUGGUCUCCAUCAUGAAGACCUUGAGGAUCCAGGUGAAAGACACAACCAUUGCCACUAUUCUGCUGAAGAAGGUAUUGAUCAAGCAUGCAAAAGAGGUCGUCUCUGAUCUCAUCGACUCGUUCAUGAAGAACCUCCACAAUGUCACAGGGAGCCUAAUGACUGACACAGACUUUGUCUCAGCCGUGAAGCGAAGCCUUUUUUCUCAUGGAAGCCAAAAGGCCACAGACAUCAUGGAUGCCAUGAUGGGUAAGCUGUACAAUGUGAUGUUUGCCAAGAAAUUCCCUGAGAGCAGAAAAGCCAAGGACAAGUCUGAGAGCUAUUCCCUUAUCUCCAUGAAAUCACGGGGUGGUGACCCAAGGCAACCAAACCUGAACUUUGCGAUGAAAUCAGAAUCAAAACUGAGAGAAAGUUUGUUUGCUGCAUGCAAACCAGAGAAAGAGAAGACAUGUGCUGAAACUCUGGGCGAGCACAUUAUUAAGGAGGGACUGAGCAUGUGGCACAAAACUCAUCAAAAAGACGAUUGUAAAUCUCCUGGCCUCGAUCGUGCCGCAAAGCAGGGUGGCCCUCAUCAGCAAGAGGUUUCCUUUGAGUCUCCAGACUCUUGUGACUUAAGCCCUCCUCCACAGCAGCCAGAGACUUUUGAAAAUUUUAUGUGUGAAUCAGACACCUGGGCCAAGGACCUGAUUGUGUCAGCCCUGCUUCUGAUUCAGUACCACCUGGCCCAGGGAGGAAGGAUGGAUGCUCAGAGCUUCCUGGAAGCUGCUGCCAGCACCAACUUCCCCGCCAACAAGCAGCCCGUAGUUCACGAUGAGUCCAGACUUAAGUCUCCUCAUAAGAUAUGUGACCAAGAACAAACAGAAAAGAAGGAUCUGAUGAGUGUCAUCUUCAAUUUUAUCCGGAACUUACUCAGUGAGACCAUCUUCAAGGGUAACCGAAGUGAAUCCAAGGGGCAGAACGUUAAGGAAGAAGAAAUCAAUAUGUGCGAAAGGCCUAUGACCCCUCCUGCGCCGAAAUUCUGUGAGGAUGAGGAGACUGAUGGUGCCUUUUCUGGACUAACCAAGAUGGUCGCCAACCAGCUAGAUGGCUGCAUGAAUGGGCAGAUGGUGGAACACCUCAUGGACUCUGUGAUGAAGUUAUGCCUCAUUAUUGCCAAAUCUUGUGACUCUCCCUUGGCCGAGCUGGGAGAUGAAAAGUGUGGGGAUGCCAGCAGGCCAAGUUCUGCCUUCCCAGAUAACUUAUAUGAAUGCUGCUUACCAGUCAAGGGCACGGGGACAGCCGAAGCCCUCCUGCAGACUGCCUACCAAGCCAUCCAUAACGAACUGAGAGGUUUGUCAGGACAGCCGCCCGAGGGAUGCGAGAUACCCAAGGUCAUCGUCAGCAACCACAAUCUGGCUGACACUGUUCAGAACAAGCAGCUGCAAGCUGUCCUGCAGUGGGUAGCUGCCUCAGAGCUCAAUGUCCCUAUUUUGUACUUUGCUGGUGAUGAUGAAGGAAUCCAGGAGAAGCUGCUUCAGCUCUCAGCCGCUGCUGUGGAGAAAGGCCGCAGCGUCGGGGAGGUUCUGCAGUCGGUGCUGAGGUAUGAGAAGGAGCGACAGCUGGAUGAGGCGGUGGGAAACGUCACGCGACUGCAGCUGCUGGACUGGCUGAUGGCAAACCUGUGAUUGGGGCCCACCUGGUGUUCCAGCAGUGGGCCAUGUCCCCACUCCCUCAGCUCCCCUCCCUGUCACCCAGAGCCCUAAAGUUCCCUUCACACCACCCACACCAGAUGCACCAUCUAACGCUACUCACUGGAUUUUGCAGAUUUUCUUGUCCAUGCGAGCAAGGACAUAAAUUAAAAGAUUACAAUUAAAGGGC